UUUACUUCGCAAAUUUUCGGGGCGGAUUAAAAGCAAAGUAGAAAAUUUAUAUCAGUUCAAUUCUUAAUUGAAUAAAGAAGUAAAGAUAUACCUAAAUAAAGUAAUCGAAAAUGGCAGCAGAAAUAAAACCUGCGCCACGUAGUAAUAAUGAUCGAUUUAAUUCGACCAAAAAGCCAGAAUUAUUAAGUAAAUUGGAAGGAAAUAAUUAUGACGUUAAUGCGGCUCGUUUAAUCCCAGAAAAUGGAGUAAUUAGCGUUAGUGAUGAUCAAACUGUACGAGUAUGGCUUCGUAGAGAUUCGGGUCACUAUUGGCCUAGCAUAUGUCAAUAUAUGCCAUCUGGUUGCACUUCAUUGGAUUAUGUUGAAGAAACACGCCAAUUGUUUGUUGGACAAGAAAAUGGAACAGUUUCACAAUAUACUUUAUCUGAAGACUGCAAUCGUCUAUCGUUAAUACGCGAUUAUUUGGCACAUCAAGCUAGAGUAACAGCGUGUAUUUUAUCAAGAGCAGAUGCAUGGGUAUUAUCUGUAAGUAAAGAUAAAACUUUUGCGUAUCAUUGUACUCAAACAGGACGUCGUAUUGGUGGUUAUACAUUCGAAGCAUCGUGUACUUGUUUACAAUUUGAUUCAUUGGCAAAAUAUGCAUUCAUUGGAGAUUAUAGUGGUCAAAUAACUAUGCUUCGACUUGAUACAAAUGGUUCAAAUUUUAUAACUACAUUUAAGGGGCAUACAGGAUCUGUUCGUUGCUUGAAAUGGGUUGAGGGCCCUCAGUUGUUAUUUAGCGGAGCUUUUGAUCAACUGGUUAUUGUAUGGGAUGUUGGAGGAAGGCGUGGGACUGUGUAUGAGCUUCAAGGGCACAACAACAAAGUUACCGAUUUGGCAUAUGCUAACAAAACACAACAGUUAAUAUCUGCUGGAGAAGAUUCCGUUGUUGUUUUUUGGGAAAUGAAUGCAAUGCGCAAAGAGGUACCGGAAUGGGUUGAAUCAAAUAAUUGUCAGUUGUGUAGUCGACCAUUUUUCUGGAACUUUAAAUCAAUGUUAGAUCAAAAACAAUUAGGUAUUCGUCAACAUCACUGCAGGCAUUGUGGUAAAGCUAUAUGUGAUAAUUGUUCAACAAAUCGCAUUAAUAUACCGAUAAUGGGAUUUGAAUUCGAUGUUAGAGUAUGUGAUCCAUGUUUUAAGCAAUUGCAACCAAUAGAGCGACCAUCAUUAGCUUCAUUUCAUGAUGCAAAACAUUCAAUAGUUUCAAUGGAUUUAGAUGAAAAUCGUAAAAGAUUACUAACAGUUGGACAGGAUCGCAUUAUUAAAAUAUGGGAUUUAUCUUCAAUUUGGGCCUAAUAUUUACUUAAUAAUACUGAAUGUUCCUUGUCAUCAUUAACAUCACCGAUAUCGACAAUACAACCAACAUUCGCCCAAUUUAUUAACCAAAAUAAUGAUAAAAUUUCACAGCAAGUUACAACAGAUACAAUAUCAAUUCAAAAUGAUAAAUAUAAUACAUUAGAAACAUCGAAUAUAUCAACUUUAAAUAAUGAUAAUACAAAAAUCAAUAAUACUAUGAGUUUCAAAACAGAUUUAUUUUCUACUGAUAUUUUUUCCAAUACAACAACAGCAGGAGUAACAAUACAAGAAACAAAUACAAUAUCGAAAGAAACAGCAGCCACAAGUAAUUCUAAUAAUAAUAUUGGUAUUAUAAAAUCAAAUGAAGAUAAUGAUAAUAAUAUUGAUAAUUUAAAUUUUUCAAAUUAUUUAUUUGAUAAAAAUCAUGAUACAGAAUUACAAUUUCAUGAGUUAUCAUUAACAGCUGUUUCACUUUCUGACGAUGAUGAUAAGGAUAUUGAUAUUGAUGAUGAUAAGGAACAGAUAAAUAUAAUGUCAACAAUAAAAUCUUCAGAAAUAAAAAUAAAUAAUGAAACAAAUAUGAAUAUAAAAAAAAAUUACAAUCAAGAUGACGAUAAUGAUAAAAAUUUAAAUUUAGACAUUGAAAAAUCAAAAUGUUUAAUAAAUAAUAUCAGCGAUAGUAAUUUGAAAGACAACAUGAAAAUUAUUAAAAACGUUGAUGAUAAUACAAAAUAUCCAUUUGUUUAUUUUUUACAUGAAAAAUGAAAAAUUUAAUAUUAUAAAUUAAAUUUAUUUUCUAUAUACUAAUACUUAAUUAAAACAAUUGCCUAUAAAAAUUAAUAACUUAAUCAUUAUUGAAAAAACAAACAAAUAUUUUUUUUUUAAUUUUAAUAAGCUUCCGCUGUUUUUUAAAUAAUAAAAUUAGUUAAAUAAAAUUUCAUUGCCUUGUUUUUUUUUUCAUUAAAUAAUUUUCGUAACUUAAAUUAAAUAUAUACGUAUUUUAUAUUGUAUAUUUUUUUAAGUAUUUGUCAAAUCAAUAAACGUUAACUAUACAUGAACUUAGAUUUUGUAUAUAUAACGUUUAAAAUAUAUAAGAAAUGUAAAACAAUAUGAUUUACAUAAUAUGUGAAUUCUAUUAUUGUGUAAUAUAUAAAUUUUUUUAUAUUCAAAUUACACUGCAAAAUUGCAUAGAAAGGUAGUGGUUAAUGAUUUAUACAUAAAAUUAAAAAAAAUGUGGAAGAAUUAGUUUACUAAAGUAGAAUUCAUUUAAUGUAUUUACUUAAUUAAAAGGUGAAAUUGUUAAUGAAUAACCAAUUAUUACCUACUAUGUGAAUUAUUCAUGUGCACACAUAAUCGUUAGAAACGAAAGUAAAAAUCGGUUUCUUCAAUUCAAUAUAAUAAUAUUUGCAUUUUUUUUU